AUGAGCGUUCACGGUUACUGUCGGCGCUUCGCUAAUCAGCUACUCAAUAGGCAAUCAACUACAGACAUCCAGUUAGCUGCACUUGAAGCACGUCUGUUGGGCGAGUUCAGUCUUGUAUUUCCGUAUGAUUUCAUCGAGGAGCAGGAAAAGCAUGCCUGUGAAAUUCUGCUUAGCGAUGCUUCUGAUGCACAAAAGCAGUUUGCGAUAUUAGUGCUCAGGGAAUUGGUCCUAAACGCACCAACGAGUUUCUUUCAACAGUUUGGGGCAUUCGUAUGCGCUAUUGUGUCUGCCUUUCGGGACAAAAAUGCUGCCACUCGCGAACUAGCCAGUGUAACUCUACGAUCAGCAUUUGAACUAGCAGCUGCACGGGAGCAGCGCAAUCGAUUGGGUGUGCUUGUGAAUAGUGGUAGCGGCUUUGCUGGUGUCGAUACUGUUCGUGGACUGGAGUUCCAGGGAACCACCACAUCUGACUCAACCGAUGCUUUUGGAUUUAGCCGUGCGCAUUGUGGAUCGCACGGUGGUAUCCGAAAUUCAAUAUCUCAUGACACUUCCAUUGCUGGACUGUCUCGCAGUACCACCUCACACUCAUCUUCUCCCAUUGACUGGUAUCGUAACUGUCUGAUUGAAGCAUUUCGUGCCUUUCCUGCACCGGGUACCACUGGCUCCUCAAGUGACCAAAAUAUGAUGGUAAGUGCUGUCUUUAUUAAGGCCAAUACACUUUAUUGUGUAAAGUUACAGUUACAGUUCCCGCAAUUUUGGUAUGAAAUACCGGUUCAUGGUCCCCUCUUUGAAAACAAUCGUUGA